AUAUAGAGGAAGAUGGCAGCGGCUGGAGUAAAGAUGAUAGACCUGGCAAAUGGAGAAGGAAUGACAACUAGGGAGCAGAGUGUCAAUAGAUAUCAAAAUCAGAUAACUAAGUUAUGCAAUUUCAAACUCCUUCAGAAUUUUGGGAGAAAAGGAGAAAUUGUUGAAGGAACUAAAGGAGAGGAGAGUAAGAAAAGAGCAGCAAAGAGAGCGAAUUCAGAGCCAAGAGCUUCUAAUGGGAACUAUAUUGCUUGCACAAUGAAUAGGGAAAUGAAAGGACCCGUUAGGAUAAACGAAGAAAUUGAGCAUGAACUCACACAGUUCAAAUAAGGAAAUUGAGUAUAAAUUCGCAAAUUCUAAAAUGAACAAAAAAUUCUCAUUUCCCAGAGCUGAACCAGUUAAAAAGCCAGUGAUAAGCAACAAAGACCCCAUAAUACGCAAGAAGGGAACUAAAUCUUGAGACAAGGUUCCAAUCAAGUACCAUCCUCAUCUGCGUAACAAGGCACUGAAGAAUUACAAGCCAGUCGUCAAUUUCAGCAAAGCUGGCGUCUCAGCAAAGAAGAGCGCUCAAAACAGAAGCAGCCGCAGGAAGAAUAAAAUUAUCAUUAAGAACAAUAUCCGCAAUCCUAGUGAAAAUAAAGUCUUAUUUGAGUCAAUUCCAGCAGAACCGAUGAGAACGAUAAAUAGGACUCCUGAUAACAUGAUGAUUAAUGGGAAUGAAAAUAUGACUACUGACUAUAACGAAAUCACAGAACUCAUAAAAGGCAGGACAAAAAUUGAAAAUUAUCUUGAUACCGGUAUGCUAAGCGACAAACAAAAUAAGCCAAAUCUUGACAAAAGCAAGCAAUUUGUUGAAAAUCUCAAGAAAACAAAGUACAAGAAAUACAUUCAACCCCAUUCACCCUCACGAUUUGCUAAUUCAGAUGUUCUUUCACAGCUCAAAGCCAUGAAUUCAAGCAGCAGGUCUUCUAACAGACCUGCAGAAAAGAUUUUAGGGACUAAAUGCAAGAAAAUGGUUGGAUCCUCCUUUGACACACUUGAAGGACUCAAUAAAAUAUGCAGCUCAACUGUUGACAAAAGACAUCUAAAUUCGUAUGCUGAAAAUAUGGUUAAAGUAGCAAAGGAAUCCUCAAAUAACAGAGAUAACAAAAAGCAUCUACUGACAAUGCAGUUCUUAGAAGAAGAACCAUUCAAUUCGUUUAGCUGUGUUUCAUAUCAUGAAAAACCUAAGAAAAUGAAAACAGGCAAAAGAGGGAUCACUAAAAGAGAAACCAACUCUACCAGAAAUAAUCUCAAGAAGAUCACUACCAAAGAGGCAGUGCACAAGAAGCAGAACACUAUUUCUAAUAAUAACGCGUUUAAGAUUCUAACUAGUCCUCGAGCGACCAAGCAGAACACUAAGGUUCUUAGUUCCAGAAUGAAAGUCAUCAAUCUCAACAAAGAUCACAAAUUCAAGAGGAAGUUGAAAGAUUCUAAGCAAAAAGACUCGGCUCACACAACUGAAGGGUCAACUAAGAAGGCUUGUAAGAGGGAAUAUAGCCGGAAGCUAGGCUCAUCCCUUUGCCAUUCUUAUAAUGCUUCAAUAAUAUCGAGUGCUAAAACACCUCAUGCAAAUAACUCAAGGCCUAAAUAAGUCCAGAGGAAGCUCAAGAUCAAAAAUGUCAGCAGCCUCAAGUAACUCAAAAGCCAAGAGGACCCCUCUCUCAGUAUAUCAUCAGAAAGGUGCAAAGCCAUUGAAGAUCAAGAAGAAGCUUGCUGGAAUUCCAAGGUCUCAUUUGAAGAAUAAAUCAAGUCUCAACCAUGGAUAUAUCCCAAAGCAAUAUCUGAGCACGCAUGAUUCAUUAGAGAAAACCUCGAUGUAUGAGACAAGUGUGCUAGAACCUGGCAAAUUCUACCCAAAAAGUAGCCAGCAAGGCUUAGAUGUGCCCUUCACAGGCAAAAUGUCAAUAGAGCACAAAACUUUUGACAAAAGAGGGUAUAACAAAAAUAAAGAAAAAUUCAAGAAAUCCAAAAUCGUACCUAAAACUAAGUCAAAGUUCUUAUAAUGGCCAAUCUACCAAACACGAAAAGAAGUAAUAAUAUCAUGUAAAUCAAGUCAACUCUUGUAAUUCUCCUAACUUGGCCUAGUUCUCUAGGAAGUCAAAGAUUUGGAACAACCACACAUGUAGAAAGUACGACUGCAGACCUAGAAAAAGUUGCUCAGAGCUUAGCGGGGAGAUUAUGCCACAGUAAAGGCAUUCGAAACGAAACUCGAAGAAUUUAGUAAUCUUAACAGAGCAUUUUCC